UAAACAGAUAAAAAUGUGAAAUUUUCUCAAUUUUAAAAGAGCAACAGAUUAGUUUAAUAAAAUGAUAUCCAACUUUUUAGGGUCGAUAUUUGAUCUACAGACUGGCUAAAUGGAUAAAUCGGUAUGGUUAGGAAACAUAAACGUUUGUCUAGAUAAAAAAAGAUAUCAUUGUAAAAACAAUAAAAUAUAUUUCGCUCCGCAUCAAAGCUAAAAAGGUUUAUAACCUAUAAUAAAUAAAAAAUAGUUUAGACAUUUUUGACUUUUUCAUGUCUUAGCUCUGGCACAUUUUACAAGCUUUAAGUUUACAUAAAUAUUUUGGGUAUAAAUUUAUAUUAGGUCUCGUAGGUUUGUUUUUGCCAUCAAAAUGUGUGUUUUUAACGAUGAAGGCGAUGGCGUUUUCAGAUUUUUCUGGUCACACUUGAUUUCUAUGUUAAAUUCAAAAAAUGACUUUGCAAGCCGUUAUAAGUGCGUGCUCUGGCCAUUCUUAAUUGAUCUGCCCAUUGUAGUCUUUUUUUUUUUUUUUUAUGGUUAUGCCUUAGUGGACACAAAAACACGACGUUAAUACUUAUGUUCGUAAGUACAGACCAGUUGUGAACACUGCGGCUACAUUUUAACACUAGUCGUCAUAGAGGCUAAAUAAAUUUAGGACGAUAGGAACAGUAAUGAUAAAAACUACUGAGAACUGCCCAGGAAGAACUGUAAGGAUUCCGAAAAAGUCGGAGAGGGUAAGACGUUUUCGAGGAACCCUAACCGUUGUGCACGCCUUCAAAUUAGUGUGAAUAAAAAUGGCCAGCACCUCGCAAAUGUAAUUUCUUGCAACUAAUAUUUUCGAAUGGCAUGUCAUAAUAUAGACCUCAAAAAAAAAUGUUUUUUCAAUAAUUGACAGCGUACUGCUUAUUUAAAAAAAGGUCAGUUUACGCGCCAAAACCUGUAUAGUCGGCUGGAGCUAGAAUGUCCUUGACAAAAUCUGCCUCCAUAUGAGCAAAGCCAAGUAUCCAUGAUAAGGCACUCCUUGAUAUUUGAUAAUAAUUAGUAUGUAUGCGACUUAGGUAUAUUAUCAUAAAAUUAUUCAAAUAAUUUAAAUUUAAAAUUACCACUUGAUAAUACGUUACAAAAUAACAAAACCAAGAAUAUGAUUGUCUAUUAAGUUCGAUUUCGAUAACCUUUUUUGUUUUUUUCUAAAAUAAAUACUGCAUUCAAUAGAUGGUCAUACGGUCUUUCUUCAACUUUCUUUGUUUUGCACCCAUUUUCUAUUUUUUUCGUUCUUAUUGACUACUGUAUCACAAAAGACCGGGCUAAAAAAAUAAAAUGGAAACCUUCAAGGCCAAGUCUAGAAGACUUACUUCUAGCAACACCAGCCGUACUGUAACAUUACAAAUGUUAUUGAACACAAAUAUAUUGGAACCCGGCAAGUCGGUCUUAUCUUUAGAAUACAUGGGUCAGAGGUUUACUGGUGAUUUAUUACCAGACGGAAGAAUUCGAUCAGUCGAAACUCAAAAUGAAUUUGCGUCUCCUAGUGCUUGGGCUUAUAGUUGCAAGAGUGUUAUUAAUAAGAUAAAAAAGGCUGGAUGUGGUUGGUCAUUUAUACGGUACAAAGGAAAGAAACUUGAUGCAUAUAAGCAUGCAUAUUACAGAAAGCAAGAAUCAAUUAAUAUAGACUCUGUAAAAGAUGUAUUUAUUGAAGGCAAUAACAUAGAAACUGAGCUACUAUUUGAUGACAAUGUUGUUCAUAGUAACACGUUAUCUUCAGUCUCAACAAUUGGAGUGGAUGCAACAAAGAAACCAAUUCAAUUUAGUGAAAUCGGUUUAAGGUGUAAUAAUUUGGUCCUCGACACACUUAUUGAGUGUACGGAUUGGUCUUAUUUUAAUAAAUCGCAACCAUUCCAAGUUUACAUAUCGGCUAAUGCCAUAUUAUUGUUGGAUUUCCAUUGUCAUUUAACCAAAAAUGAAGUUGUGGGUUACUUAGCUGGAAGUUGGGAUUUUUCAACUCAGACUCUUACCAUAAAAAAUGCAUAUCCAUUCAAAAAUCGGUUGCACGAUGAAGAGCUUACUUCUUUGAUAGAAGAAGAAAUCAGAAACACAUUUACAGCGAAAAACAUGGUGCUUGUUGGAUGGUAUCAUUCACAUCCAAAAUCUAUUGCUACUCCUUCUUUAAAAGACAUUGAAGCACAACUCGAUUAUGAGUUACAAAUUAAAGGUCCAACCGUUGAAUCCUACAUUCCUUGCAUUGGGAUUAUUUGUUCACCUUACAAUAAAGAUAAAGCAACUCUUGAUUCUACAAUUAAUUGUUACUGGGUGUUACCAUCAUUUGAAGAAGAAGGUCACGGUUAUGGUCGUCCAAUGAAUAUGAAAUUUACAACCAAACCGGAAAAAGUAUUGACGCUUGAUAUUAUUAUGGCAUUGAAAAAGUGUGCUGAUUUUAACAAACAUGAUGCAGAUGUUGUUAACUUUAAAGAAAAAUAUAAAGAUAAUAUAACAUAUCUAGACAAACUAAAGAUUUCGUUGGAGGAUAAAUUUCCAAAAGAUGAUAAAAUUCAUAGAUUUCUAUGGAAUUUCCUCAGUGAAAUAAUAAGCAUUGGCAGUUCAGGCGAUACUUUGAAAAACAAUCUACAAAAUUUAUUGUUGGCCAUUAUCCCUUCCCAGUUUCUUACAACUUCUUCUUCCCUAUGUAUUCCUUCAAACACUGUAUCUCAGCAGUUAGUUGACUCUCACAAUAAAUUUAAUAAUACCAAAAAGUCGAUUACACAAGAUACACCUUUGCUCAACGCAUCAUCGUCGAUAACUUCUGAAAGUAUUGCCAGUUCUUUAUUUCACAAUUUAGAAUUUUCAAAAGCCAUGUCCUUGAUUGGCCUUUCUCUUUCUCGUAAUCAAACAAGUCCUCUCACACAAAUCUAAAAUAUAAUUUCAUAGUUUAAUAAAUAUUAAAAACCAAAUGUUGUAGACAAAAUUUGAUGCAGAAAGAAAUUUUUUUAGGAGGACGUCAUUCCUCCAUUUAUAAAGGAGUUAGUAUAGGCAAUUUCGGUAAAAUAAAUCUUAAUUUAAAGGUCAAACUCUUGACGUGUAAUUAUUAGUUGAGUAAUUAGGACUCUUUUUUUGGUCCUAAAAAUUUGUGAUAAAUUUAUUUUUU